GUGGCCAGAGCCAGAUGCUCGCGGACUCCGUGCGGCCCCAGCCGUUCUUCUUGUCCGCGCAGCGCCAGCUUCCUCGCCCGAGAGGGAGACCCGGCGGCGCUCUGCCCGAGGACUCUGGUGUCUCAGCCUCAGGGUUCCUCCGGUGAAAGCCAAGCGCUCCCAGGUGAAGCCAGCAUCCCAAAGCGGUCCCGGAACGCUCGCCGCCAGAUCGCACCUCUUGGGAACCUCGACCGCUGAGCCUUUUCCAGCGCCUGCACCGCGGGGCGCGCGGGGAGAGUGGGGUCCACAGCCGGGGAAGGGGGGACCAGGACAUCGAUGAUGGAUGCACGGACCUGGCGCGUGGGCUGUCGCUGUCUCCUCCUUCUGGCUCUCGUCGGGUCUACCCGAAGCGAGGGCGUGCAGAGCUGCGAAGAAGUUCGGAAAGUUUUCCAGUGGCGCCUCGCGGGAGCUGUCAAGGGGCUGCCGGAUUCGCCGCGGCCAGGACCUGAUCUUCAGGUUUGCACAUCCAAAAAACCUACAUGUUGCACCAGGAAGAUGGAGGAGAGAUAUCAGAUUGCAGCUCGCCAAGAUAUGCAGCGGGUGCUUCAAACAUCCAGCUCUACAUUAAAGUUUCUAAUAUCUCGAAACGCAGCUGCUUUUCAAGAGACCCUUGAAACUCUCAUCAGACAAGCAGAAAAUUACACCAGCAUACUUUUUUGCAACACCUACAGGAACAUGGCCUUAGAGGCUGCUGCUUCAAUUCAGGAGUUCUUCACUGAUGUAGGGCUCUAUUUAUUUGGUGCGGAUGUUAAUCCUGAAGAAUUUGUAAACAGAUUCUUUGACAGUCUUUUCCCUCUCGUCUACAAUCAUCUCAUUAACCCUGGUGUGACUGAAAGCAGCCUGGAAUACUCAGAAUGCAUCCGGAUGGCCCGCCGGGACGUUAGUCCAUUUGGUAAUAUUCCCCAAAGAGUGAUGGGGCAAAUGGGGAGGUCGCUGCUGCCCAGCCGCACAUUUCUGCAGGCACUGAAUCUGGGCAUUGAAGUCAUCAAUACCACAGACCAUCUGUAUUUCUCCAAAGAGUGCGGCAGAGUCCUUCUGAGGAUGCAGUACUGCCCUCACUGCCAGGGCCUGACUCUCAGUAAGCCUUGUAUGGGGUACUGUCUCAACGUCAUGAGAGGCUGCUUGGCACACGUGGCAGAGCUUAAUCCACACUGGCAUGCGUACAUCCGGUCGUUGGAAGAGCUGUCAGAUGCCAUGCAUGGAACAUAUGACAUUGAACACGUGCUCUUGAACUUCCACUUGCUUGUUAAUGAUGCUGUGAUGCAGGCUCACGUUGAUGGACAAAACUUAUCGGCACGGGUAAAUAAGAUUUGUGGCCGUCCAAUCAGAUCACCCACACAAAGCCCCCGCUGUUCUUUUGAUGGGAUCAAAGAGAAGCAUGGAAUGAAGAUCUCUGCAAGAAAUGGUGAAGAGACACUUGCCAACAGAAGAAAGGAAUUUAUCAACAGCCUUCGACUGUACAGGACAUUCUAUGGGGGCCUGGCUGAUCAGCUUUGUGUGAAUGAAUUGGCCGCUGCUGAUGGACUGCCCUGCUGGAAUGGAGAAGAUAUAGUAAAAAGCUAUACUCAGCCUGUGGUUGGAAAUGGAAUCAAAGCCCAGUCUGGAAAUCCUGAAAUCAAAGUCAAAGGAAGUGAUCCUGUGAUAAAUCAGAUUAUUGAUAAACUGAAGCAUGUUAUUCAGUUGUUACAGGGUAGGUCACCCAAACCCGACAAGUGGGAACUUCAGAUGGGCAGUGGUGGUGGCAUGCUUGAACAGGUCAGCGGGGACUGUGAUGAUGAAGAUGGUUGUGGGGGAUCAGGAAGUGGAGAAGUCAAGAGGACACUAAAGAUCACAGACUAUGGUAUGGCUGGGAAAUACCUCCUGAGAAGAUGCUGGGAAAUUAUGUGGGAGGAGCUCAAUCCAGAAGAGAGGACAGCUGCGAAGCAGGUAUCCCUGGCCUUACUUGUAGCUAUGCCAACCAACGCAAAAAGCAGUGAAGCAACCUUCCGCAGAUUGCAGGAGCGAUAA